UGUCAAUUGUCAAACGCAUGUCAAACGUAACAACGUAACCUGCGCUUUGUUUUAUCGUAAAUAAUUUUAGAACUCAAAAAUAAAUACUUAAAUACCAAAUGGAAAUGUCUGAUAAACCGCCAGAGGACAGCUACAUAUCCGUAGUUGACGAUGAGCCGGUGUUCUUCGAGCUACUCAAGUGGGAUGCCACGCAAUCGCAAAAACAACCGGAGCCUAGGAGUUUGGAAAAAGCAAAAAGUCCUGAGAAAAUGGUGCCGACGCAAAGGGACGAAUCCGAUCCGUUCGAUUUGAGUGAUACCGCGUUCGUGGAUGCUUAUCGGCUUUCAAAAGAUUUGGCGCGAAAUCUUUGUGAGGAGUUAAAGCCAGUUAUGCCCGAAUCUACAAAGUCUAUUGAGUUCUCUGUAGAAAGUAAAGUAUUAGCAGCGCUAUCGUUCUAUGCGACAGGCAAAUACCAGAAGUCUAUAGGGGGGAAGACUGAUCCAAACAUCACACAGUACUUUGUGUCCACCGCAGUGAUCCAGGUCACGGAGGCCAUCAACAAUCCUGCUAUUGUGAAGAAGUACAUACACUUCCCACACUUGAGAAAUGAGAGGGAAGUCAUUAAGAAUGGGUUCUACAUGAAGUAUGGCAUCCCCAACGUGGUGGGCUGCAUAGACUGCAUGCACGUGCCGCUCGCCCGACCCGGCGAUGAUCAGAAGAAGCACUUCAAUAAGUCCUACCACUCCAAGAAGGCACAGAUUAUCUGCGACAGCCAAAUGAACAUCUUGAGUGUGGACCCCCAGCCGGGCUCGCUCUCACACCAGGCCAUCUUCCACAAGCAUGCCGUCCGCAACGACCUCGAGAGCCUCAACUACUCGCGAGAACUGUGCUGGCUCAUUGGCGGGCCGCACUACACGCUGAAUUCGUACCUCAUGACGCCGGUUGCGAAGAUCACGAAGAAGACGCCCAUGUCGCCGGAGAAGCACUACACCAACCUGCACGCGCAGGCGCACAGCGUAGUCAAGGAGACCAUGCGCCAGCUCAAGUCGCGCUGGAAGUGUCUGCAGGCCACGUGCAACAAGCAGCUCGACCCGCCCACGGUGGGCAUGAUGAUAGUGGCGUGCUGCGUGCUGCACAACGCGUGCUGCGCGCGCGGCGUGCCGGCGCCCGCCAUGAGCGGCGCGGAGGAGCGGCUGGAGGCCAUGAAGCAGCGCGUGGCCAACGCGCCGCCGCCGCGCGCCGCCGCCGCCGCGCCCGACGCCGCGCGCGCGCGCGCCGCGCUCGUCGACCGCCUGUGGAGCGAGCGCAGGGUAGCCCCAGAAUCGAACCCCAAGAAGAGGAUGUCGAAGAAGGACAAGCCGGUGGAGCCGCCGCCGCAGCACCUGCACAGCAUGCAGCCCCAACUGCAGAGCCUGCACGAGGACCCCAAGCGGCCGCGCAUCCUGAUGAACAACCCCUACGGCCUGGGGGUGGCCGUGCCGCCGCCCUGGCCGCACUACCCCCAACAUCAUUAGCGUUACUAUAGUACUAGCAGACACCGCGGUUAUACCCACAUAGUCCCCGUUUCCAUGGGAAAUUCCAUAUUCGGCUCACUGCUGAGCUCGAGUCUCCUCUCAGAAUGAGAGGGGUAAGGCCAAUAUUCCACCACGCUGGCCCAAUGCGGAUUGGCAGACUACACACACACAGAGAAUUAACACGUUCGCUGCUGCACUGAUAUUUCUGUACUUUCCUCUCUCUACAAAAAUUUAUGUGGUGCGAUAAAUAAAUAAAAUAAAUAAAUCUUGAAGACGCUAGGCGUACGAGGUCCAUUGGCCUUUACAGAUCUCAAGGGCCAGGGUCCAGAUAGGACCAAGACAAAAAGGUCUAAUAAGGCAGUAUGUAUUUCAAAAGAUCUGUAAAUGUAAGAGAUAAUUAUAUUUAUUUUAUAAACAAACAUAUGGAAUAUAUUAGAAAAUCACAUGAAAAAAAUAUUUUAGGAAAUGAAAAAUAAAAAUCCCUGAAAAGUUUUUGUUUUAACUGUCAAUAAAUUAUUUACAUCUUUGUAAAGUUUUAUAAAUAAAUAGUUAAGUCACGGUUAUUAUUUAGGUAUUUCAAGAUAAACCCACGGUAAACCUCAGACUUUUUAUUAAUAUCAACAUCUGACAGUAUUAUUUAGAAUUAAGUACCAAGUUACAAACAGUCCCCACAUUCAAAAAUUUUAUCCUUUGCAUUAUAGGUACUUUUUAUUUUUAUUAUGUAAAUGAUAAAUUUUAGAUCGAUUAAUAAGUACACAAUUUACAAUAAUAUGAAUGAAGUUAUCUGUACCUACCACUACCUAGAGUCCUUUUCAUGAAAGAAGUCUCGCGGCUAAAACCUGAACUAAAACUGACAGCGCCUACACAAAUGACAAUAUGACCGCCAUUACCAAAUGACAUUAGCGGCGCAUCUGAACUUCUUUCAUGAAAAGGACUAUACUGCUGAAAUUCCUUUUAUCAUGAAUGAUCUUGUAUUUAAUUUUUUUAUUUGUAGAUUAUUUGUAAGUAUUCUAGUUUAUAAGACUGUACAAAAUCUCAUUACUAUAACUAAUUAUUGUAAUUUUUGGAGUUGUAAGUAAAAGUUCCUUUUUUUACUUUG